AUGAGCGAUCAGAUGUCCGUCUCGUCCGGGACCACUGGAGUCAUGAGCCAAGGGAGCCAUCCCCAUCAGAGCUAUAAUCCUACUUACAAUGUCCAACAAACAAACCCAAACGCAUACAAUACCACCACUACCACCUACUUCUACCCAAGUAGUCACAUUCACAACCCUCCUCCUCACCCGCUUAUCCAAAACCCCCUAUACAUCUCGUCGCCCCCAGUAGCGACAGGACCUCCGCCCUCGCUAACAAGUAUCCUCCUGGCUUCUGCCCCGCAACAAUUUGCCCAAGCAACCGAACAUCCCUUCCUCCGUCUGGCUGGGCAAGGAACCCUUCCGAAACACACUUUAUCGCGCUGGCUCUCCCAAGACCGUCUCUACGCGCAAUCCUACAUCGGCUUCAUCGGCUCUCUCAUCGCUCGCGUCGACUUACCCUACGUCAACGUCGUGGAUAAAGCGACUUCUUUGCGCUGGCGCAUCGUGAAUUGCCUCACCGGCGCCCUGCAGAAUAUUCACACCGAGCUGAAAUUUUUCGCAGACACGGCAGCCAAGUAUGGCCUGGAACUAGACAUGCCAAGUCGCGCCGACGGAAUAUUUACAGCUGAGCAGGCCACGAAGCAGUACAUUGAUCUAUUCCGGGCCUUUUGGACCGAUCCCAGCAUGAGUCUGCUCGAGGGUAUGGUCGUAUUGUGGGCGACCGAAACCGUGUACCUCAGUGCGUGGAAUUAUGCUAGAUCUUUUGGGGGCAAACCUGCUGCUGAUGGCGGUGGUGGAGAGGUGAUGGAGCCAACUAAAUUGAGUGCUCCAGCGGAAGGAGUGAUGUCCGAACUAGAGGGGAGCGAGGUCAACGCCGCGCAGACCGACAACGAGAAGACGGGAAGAGAAAAGAAUGAAAAGAGCAACAACAACGACAACAAGAGCAACGACGAUGGUACCAAGGGGGCCACAACCGCGACCAAAGACUGCAAGGCGCCUCCUCACUCGAGCGACAUGGACGGCGGCGCGCUCCGCGACGCAUUCAUCCCAAAUUGGACGAGCCCACAGUUCGAAGCCUUCGUCGCUGAGAUCGCCGAGUUGACUGACCUUCUGGCCGAGCGCGAGGACGCCGUCGGUCGCAAGUUAGACGUCUACCGGGCGGUCUGGAGACAUAUUCUGGACGUCGAGAGGCGGUUUUGGCCUGAUGUUGGCGUCCGUGGCGGUGGGGGGGCUUGA